UACCAAUAAAUGAAGCUGAGAAGAAGGAUAGUUAAGUUGUGUAGCAUAAUCUUCUACCCGUGUUAGACCGUCUGAUAACACACUGAACUACACCAUGCAGGAUCAGCUGUCCGCAUCGGGCCCCAGGGUGCCGCCCAACACCCCGGCGACUGUGUCUGAGUACUCCACGCCGGGCGGCGCUCCGUCCCCGCGCUUGCCGCUGGUGGUGCUGACGCAGCCGACGCCGGCGGCGACCCCGCAGCCGUCGCCGCCGCUGCCGCCGGCGCCGCCGCAGCCGCCGGCGCCCGGCACCCAGAGCUUCUCGCAGCGCGUGCGCGCUUUGCCGCUGGUCGCGUCCGCCCUGGACGCGUACCGCUCGGCUCGCGCGGGCCAGGACGCGCUGGCGCUGGCCGUCAUGUGCUCGGAGGUGGCGGUGGGCGUGGCCACGCUGCCGGCGCGCGCCGUCGCCGCGCCCUUGACCGCGCUCUGCCCCUGGCCCGCGCGCGCCGCCGACCGCCUGCUGUGCCUGUGGCUCGACGCCAUGGAGACGAUGGUGCCGUGCAUCAAGGGGCCGCCCAGGAAGAUGUGUCGCCCCGUACGCAUUUGCUACAGGACCUCUAGUGGCAAAAUACGCUCUAUACCUGGUCUCAUUUGGAUGUCUACAAACGAUCUACUCUCCACGUCAUGUGGUGAGUUACUGAUGUCAUCGGCGGAAAAGAUUAUGCUAUCAUUCGACGGUUACGUCGACGUGAUCCUGCCGUCUCCGGAGUCUUCAGACGCUUACUGGUUUCUGCGUCUCCUCUCUGCCCUCGCUCACUUGCCAACUAACGUCGCCCGCCGCGUAUACGACAUCUUACGCAGUCUAAUGGAUCACGUCGCACUUCGGGCCCAGCAAGCGAAGGAAGCGGCGGCGGCAGAAGCCGAGGCCCAGGAGUUCGCUCGGAGACACCACUCGCGUCGACUUCCCAGCAUAAAAUUAUUUCCUUCAGAAUAAUAACCUCACUAUCAUGAAACUGUAAACUAUUUCGGAGCAAAGCUCGCUAAUCCUAGAAUUGAUUUUUUUUACAUCACUUUUAAUCAUUUUUAAUAUUAACAUUGUAUGCAGAUUUAUAUAAUAAAUUUAUUCAUUAAGAA